AUGGCACCAAUUCUCAACUUCGCGCUCGCUCUUGCGAUGCCCAUCCUUUCAUUGGCUGCUGCCCUUCCAACCGGAGCUGAGCUCGAAAACCGUGCUACUACUCUCGUAGGAACUCCAGAUAUUGUCGGAGGAACCACCGCUGCUCUUGGUGAAUUCCCCUACAUUGUCAGCUUGUCCAACAGUGGCUCUCACUUCUGUGGUGGUGUCUUGCUCAACGCCUACACCGUUCUCACUGCAGCCCAUUGCUCUGUCAGCUACUCGGCUUCCUCAGUUAAAGUUCGUGCUGGAACUUUGACCUGGGCAUCCGGCGGAACCCAAGUUGGUGUUAGCAAGGUUGUAGUCCACCCAUCCUACAGUUCCUCCACCACCAACAACGACAUUGCGCUCUGGCAUUUGUCGACUGCUCUCCCAGCCAGCUCCACCAUCGGCUACGCCAAGUUGCCCGCUCAAGGCUCCGAUCCCGUUGUUGGUUCUACCACCACCGUUGCAGGAUGGGGUCUUUUGACUGAGAACGGAUCUACAUUGCCAUCAACUUUGAGAAAGGUCUCGGUUCCAGUUAUCUCCCGUGCUUCUUGCCAAGCUGAGUAUGGUACAUCUUCCGUUACCACCAACAUGUGGUGUGCGGGAUAUGCUGCAGGUGGCAAGGAUUCCUGCUCUGGCGACUCUGGUGGACCAAUCAUCGAUGCUGCCACUGGUGUUUUGGAGGGUACUGUCUCCUGGGGUCAAGGUUGUGCUGAGGCUGGUUACGCUGGUGUCUACGCCAGAGUUGGUAACUAUGUUACUUACAUCAACUCCAACCUCUGGACCAGUUUGUAA